AAACUGUUUUCUUCCUUUUUCCUUUCAGUUAAAUGUUUUCUUCAUUUUUAUGUUUACAGAAAUUUGGAAUUGGAAAUGAUUUUCUUGGUUCUCCAUUUUCACCAUCCUCAUCAUGAUGAUAACGAUAGAAACAUCAACAACUUGUCUUAAUUAUCUCCCUGGACUUUAUCUUCUCUGUGUUUAAGUGUAAAUACACAAUAAUAACAUUUGUAUUUGUGUUACCAUUGGAUUUUCAUUGUCUCUCCAGCCCAAAGGCAAAUUUUUUUUACUCUCACCAUCUCAUCCCUUUGGUUUGAAUCCUUAAUUGUUGCUGUUGAUAAAACUAUUAUCUUCUCAUCACAAGGUUAUUUUUUUAAAUAUUCCAAUUAGUUAAGAAAAAAGAAUAUCAAAAUGUCUCUGACAAUUUGUACUUAUAAUGGUGAUUUUCACUGUGAUCAAAUUUUUGCCUGUUAUUUAAUCCGAAAGCUCAUUGGUUUGGAUGCGAAAAUAAUUCGUUCUCGUGAUUCAACUCUAAUUGAGAAAAGUGAUUAUGUGAUUGGUGUUGGUUUGAUUUAUGACCAUUCUAGAAGUUUAUAUGAUUAUCAUCAGAGUAAUUUCAAGAAAACAACACUGAAAUGUCUCGAUCCAAGGAAACCAUUCACCAUAAAGCUGAGCUGUGCUGGACUUGUUUAUCAUCACUAUGGACGUCGAAUCAUCAAACAGAUACUCAGUUCGACACCUAAUUUUCAACUGUCACCAGAAUUUGAUGAUAAUGAACAAAUUGAAACUCUUUUUGAUGUUAUUUAUGAAAAUUUCGUUUCCGAAAUCGAUGCAAUAGCAAAUGAAACUCAUAUUGUUGAAAGUAGUUCAGUUUUCAGGAUAAACACAGAUUUAACUUCUCGAGUCUCCCGAUUAAGACCUAAUUGGACUGAUCAGAUUAGCGAUGAUCUUCAAACCCAAAGAUUUAUGGAAGCAAUUGAUCUGGUUGGAAGUGAAUUUGAAGAGAUCGUUAGAUAUUAUGGUAAAGUUUGGCUUCCAGCGAAAUUAUUUGUCAAACAAGCGAUCGUUAAUUGUAAGAAGGUACAUUCUUCCGGUGCAAUUAUUGAUUUAAGCCAAUCUGGAGAGAUGCCAUGGAUCGAGCAUUUGAUUAACACCGAGAAAGAGUUAAAUAUUGAAGGACAAAUUAAGUUUGCCAUUUUCUAUGAUGUCUCAGGGAUUUGGAGAUUAUCUUGUGUCCCCCAAUCUUAUUCACUAGAUAUGCUUCGUAUUCCUUUUCAUCCUGAUUGGCAUGGAUUAAGUUAUUCAGCUUUUUGUGAUAUCUCGGGUAUUCCUGAUUGUAUUUAUAUUCACCCGUUAAUUAGUGAUUUUGAAACCAGAGAGUCUUGUAUUGCAGUGGCCGAGAAAUUAAUUCAACUUAAUUCCGAUCGAUACCUUACCCUUAACAAAGCUCACUCAAUUUCCGAUGGAUCAUUUUACUCUGUCACUGAUCAAUUAUCUUUAGAGGAGAUACCUAUUCAAAUUAACGGCCAUGAACCAACGGUUAACGGUAAUUUAAAAAACGAUGAUUGUGAUGAUGAUUACAAAAAAGGGGUAAGUUUAAACUCAAAUGAAAAUCCUAUGGGAAAUAUAAUCAACGGUGGUGGUGGUGAUGUUGAUGUAAAAGUCUCAUGUUCAACUAAAUUAUUCACUGAUCAAGAUGAAACUGAUUUUAAAUUGAGAAGAACCGAUUCAUAUGGAGAAGUUGACCUUACCGCUGAUGACCAAAACAUUGAUACAUUUCACCAAGAGGAAGAUGAAGAUGCUAGCGGGAACAAUGAAGAUAAUUACAAUCAUGAUGGACAAGAGUUAUCGGCCGGUGAUAAUUAUGAAUAUGACGAAGAGUAUUUGAGACCUGAUGAGGAGGGAAUUGAAGUAGAAGGAGAGGAAGAAGAUCAGUUAGAAGAAGAAGAAGGAGAAUUGGAUGAUGACGAAUAUGAAGAUAAUCUAUCAGAAUUUACUCCUGUUGCUCAAUUGAUAACAAUUCUUGAAGAUGGUUAUCACCUUUAUCAUAUUCCACCUCCUUCACUUCCGCCCGCUGAGUAUCAUCUUUGUGUCAUUUCCGCUUUGGUUGAUCCAAAUGAGUUUUACAUUCACUUAUCAAAUGAUGAUUCCGCUCAAUUGGAUGAUAUUCAAGAACAAUUAUCAAAUCAUUUCGCUGUUGAUCAAAAUGAAGAUUAUGAAUUACCUGAUGACCCAAAUGUACUCAUUGACUCUUGUUGGGCUGCGAUUUACCCUUCCGACAAUGAAUGGUGUCGAGUUAAAGUGAUUGAUUUAAUCAACCCCGAAGAAGAAGAAGAGGAAGAGGGAGAAAAUAUGGAAGAUAUAAGAUGUCGUCGAAUUUUAGUUAAAUAUAUUGAUUAUGGAACAGAGGAAGUAUUGAAUAUCGGUGAUUUAAAACCUCUUCCGAUCGACGUAAUCAACAUUCCAGCAUUUGCUGUUCGCUGCCGAUUAUCACACAUAUCACCUCCGUCCGAUGGUUGGUCCAAUGAAUGUUUAAAAUAUUUCGAGGAAUUGAGUGGCAUCAAGAUUGAACAAAUGGUAACUGUUUAUGUUACCGAACGUCCAUCGAAAAGUAAUUACGAUGAACCUUUAUCGGUCUUUCUUUGGUACAGUGAUAAUGCCUUAGGCCAAGGUAAAGAUAUAUUGGUCAAUGCGGCUCUGGUCAAGGCCAAUUAUGCUUUCACCGAUUCAAUGGAUUGGGUCUUGGAAGCCGAUGCUCAAUCUAAAGAGAAAACUCCACCAGAAAUUAGUUUAGAUAAAAUUAGUGUCGCUACCUGUUCCCAGAUCAGAUCAAAUUCAAUCGAUCUGCACACCGUGAAACAAUCAUCUUCAUUAGGUGCCAUCAUGGAGGAGAUUCCCGAUAAUUGGGAUCCAAUGGCCGAAGACGCAAAAUGUUAUUCCAAUAAUUAUCAAUACGACCCGACGGAUAUUGGAAACGUUGUCCAAGGAUUUAAAACCAAAGAUUAUACUGGGAUAUGUCAUCAUUUUUUGAGAGGCCAAUGCAGAUACGGUGCUGGUUGUGUUCAUAAACACGUUACACCUCAAGAACUUGAAGUUCUUGACACUGAAGAGGUUCUCGUGGACACUCUCGAACGAGACAUUGUCAGAGAAGGUUGUAAAUUGGAUGUAACAGUUACCAGUUGCCUAAGUCCAUAUUCAUUUUAUGUCGUACCAGCAGAAGACAUAAUUCAUCAACAAUCAUUUGACUCUAGAGUUGGAAGAAAUUACGAUUUCAUUGAUCCAACUGAAAAAAAUCUUCUUAUUCUGAUGCGGGAAAUGGCAGAAUUUUAUCGAAAGCCCGAAAAUAAGGAAAACAUGGUUAUUUUCCCUGCAAUAGGAAGUCUUAUUGCUGUUCGGGCUGAGCCAUUCUACCGAGCAAGAGUCAUAGAUAUGAGUCUCGAUGAAGAUGAACUAACAGUAAUGAAUAUCGACACUGGUGUUGAGCUGAUUGUUGAAAGACGUGAUGUUUUCACUCUCAAGCCAAAAUUUGCGACCUUACCAGCAUUCGCAGUCCACUGUGCCAUGGAAGUGCCAUCAGGAUUUUGUGUCACUGAUGAAGUCAUGAGUAAUUUUAGUGAAUUAGUACUCGGACAAACAUUCAAAGCGCACUUCAAGGAAAGGGACAUGGCAGGGAGAUUCAGGGUUGACCUCUUCCACUCUGAAGGACAAAAGGUUACAAUAUAACCCAAUAUAUGACAACAAUCAAGUAUGGAUAUGAUCCACUCAUAAUUGGCUUACUGGUUUCAUCCAAAUCCAUCAUUGGACCUCAUAUGGACACUUCUCAUUAAAAAAAUGAUUUGAUUCUAAGUUAUCAUCUCUCACUCAAUCUCAGUAAACAAAUAUUUUAAUACUGCCAAAAGAGAAAAUCUCCUUUAAAUUGAUUCAAUUAAACUAAAUUGACUGAUUAGACGACACUAAAAAUAAUCAAUUUGUAAAUACCCUUGUAAACAUAAGAUAACUUUCAGAUGAGACUCGAGAAGAUCUUGAGUUCGCUCAAUUAAUCCUUUGUACAUAAACUUCGUCACCUCGAGUUCCCGAAUCAAAAUAUUCUGUAAAAAGUAAAAUAAAAUGUAAAUAAGAUUAACAAUCCAAUCAAA